AUGGAAUUUGGUGAAAUUUGGGUCAAGCAAAAUGAAGAUCGAGAAGAUGGAAGCGGUGAGCAGCUCAUAAUGAGCAGUAUUAAUAGUAGACGACGAUAUGAGAACAAUUGGAAUUCGCUCAAAAGAUACUGCAGGCAAUGCAGUUUGAUCCAAUGGUUCAAUCAAAAAUUUGCUGCGACGGAUCAAGCAAAACGUGCCGAUUACUUGUCAAGUUCGUUUACGCCGUUCUUAUUCAUACUGCUACCAUUAUUAUGA